ACACGCACACAAUGAAGUUGAAAGAAAAUUUUAUUUUAAUUUCAUCGCGCGCCUAACAUGUUUAUUUAUCUCGCGGAUACGUCAGCCGGGGAAGACACUCUCUCGGGGGGGAGUCUUACGUAACUUAUUUGAAAAGAUCCCCCGGAACGAAAAAUCACACACGGAUCGCGCGCGUUUCGGCCGGCCGAUACGGAGAGCGCACAAAGAAGUAAGAGCGAACGAGACAGAGCUACGUAGAUCUUGCUUUGUCUAUCGAUCACGGGAUAAAAGCGAGAGGUUGCGGCGUUUCCAUAAACGCAAGCCGAACGCAGCGCGAACGCGCAGUUGGAGCGCACAGCGCGAUCAUCGGACUUUUCUCUGGCUGUUCUUGGCGUCGUUUGGGUUUCAUUCGCGCUCGCUGUAACUCCGUUGUCUCCGUUACGAUGGUUACUUGUCCACUAACUCCCGAAGUUCUCGAUCAGCUACGUGCUAAAUUCUAUGCCGACAGCCGCAACGUGUUGGCGCAGAAUGUUUGCACGAAGACGAACCCUAUCGAGGCAUGUGCCUCGAGGAAGAUCCUGGAGGAGACCCACCACGUCUUCACCCAUAAGAUCGAGACUGAGGGUAAACCCGUAACUAACCAAAAAAAUUCCGGAAGGUGCUGGCUGUUUGCCAUUCUAAACGUUAUGAGAACUAGCUUCAUGAAACAGCAUAAUCUAGACGAGUUUGAGUUUAGCCAAGCUUAUCUGUUCUUCUGGGAUAAGGUAGAACGUUGCAAUUAUUUCCUACAUAACAUCGUGAACACCGCGAAACGCGGCGAACCGGUCGAGGGUCGUUUGGUUAACUUCUUGCUGACUGAUCCUACCUGUGACGGUGGCCAGUGGGACAUGAUUGUGAAUCUGAUAACCAGACACGGCGUUGUGCCGAAAACGUGCUUCCCGGAGUCGUACAGCUGCGAGUCCAGCGUUCGCAUGAAUAGCCUGCUGAAGAGCAAGCUGAGGGAAUACGCCAAGUCUCUGAGGGACAUGAUCGACAAUGGCGCGUCCGAUGACGAGCUGAAGACACGAAUAGGCGAGCAAAUGACGGUGAUCUACCGGAUAAUAGGUAUCUGCUUGGGCGUACCUUCGGAGAAGAUUACAUGGGAAUACUAUGACAAGUCGAAGAAUUACAACUGUGUGGGUCCGAUCACACCGUUGGAGUUCUACGAGAACUACGUGAAGCCUUAUUACAAUGUGAACGACAAAGUAUGUCUGGUAACCGAUCCCCGACCAGGCAAUCCCUAUGGGAAACUAUACACCGUGGAUUGCCUAGGAAAUGUCGUAAAUGGGAAAACGACUCGCUACAAUAAUCAGCCAGUGGAAUUGCUGAUGAAACUAUGCGCCGAGAGUAUCAAACAUAACGAGCCUGUUUGGUUCGGUUGCGACGUUAACAAGAGAUUAAUAGACAAACACGGUAUCCACGAUAUAAAAGCUUAUAAUUUUGAACUGAUGUUUGGCACCGACAUUCACGUCGGGCUUUCUAAGGCCGAUAGACUACUUUAUGGAGAUUCUAUGAUGGUACACGCAAUGGCAUUUACAGCUGUUUCAAUAGACCGAGAAGGCAAAAUUAAGAAGUUCCGGAUAGAGAAUUCGUGGGGCGAGGAUCACGGGCAGAAGGGUUACCAGGUCGUGACGACCGAGUGGUUCGCCGAUUUCGUCUUCGAGGCGGUCGUAGAUAAAAAAUACGUACCUGCGGACGUGUUGGCCGUAUUCAGUCAGGAACCUAUUGUCUUACCAGCCUGGGACCCCAUGGGCACGCUCGCUCAUUGAUGUUAAAGUGAUUUAACUAAAUGCAAUGGCAAGCCGAUUAUUUUACAGGCGAGGAGGAUUUUCAAAUAUAACGAGAAACAAAGUAUUUAAUAAAAAAAAAAAAAUUUCGGGGGCAAUGAUUGUACAAAACAUACCAAUAUUUUAUACCUUACACAAGAGAAUGCAGCAGUAUUGAUAAGUGGCUUUGUCGUUUUCAUAUGAAUUGUAAGUCCAUUUUGUUUAUUACAGUGUACGAGGGCAAUGUUUAAGUUCUAUCAUCAAGACUGAAUGUAUGAGUUACCAUAUUUGUGAAAUCGCGAAAUAAAUAUCAUCGUUUUACGCGUGCGUAAAAACUGCAGUUUCUGAUCGUUUAUGCAACGUAUUAACGAAAACUGAGAGAAUGUGUUAUGUUGGCAUCGCUUACUUUAUUUUAAAGCGCGUUCUCGAAGAGUGCAAGUUGUCAAUGUUCGGCCCUAUUGUGCAUUCUAUCUUUAGCGUUCUUUUUAGACGUAAAACAAGAAUAGAAUGAUGUAAUAGCAAAUGUUGAUAGCGUUCACUCCUUAAACACAUCUUUAUAGGCAAUAAUGUAUCAGUUUUAAAUAUAAGAGGUUUUUUAAUUCAUUGAUGGAUUAAUUGCAUUGUAUGCAAAUACCAGCUUAUUCUGUAAAUUUAUAUUAUGAAUAAUUAAAUGGUGGUUGUUUUGACAUUUGAUUUUUAACACGCGCAUUUUUAAAAAACUAAAUCUCAUACAAACAAAAAUAAAUAGACUGUGCAAGC